AGUUUUUAAUAAAAAAAAAAGCUGUCAUGCUAUAUAAAAGGAAAAUAAAACAAUACAGCUAUUUGCAAGCAAGUUAAACCCUAUAUUUAAAAAACAAAAAUGUUUUAAAAAUUGAAUUAAUGAAGAACAAAAUACAAUUUAAGGAUUAUUAAGGCCUUUUUCCUUUCCUUUAUGGAAAACAUAAGUUCUUGUUUUGAAUUUGAUGCCAUCAAAACCUUUCGAAUAAGUUGCGACAGGAGCAUGUUUACCACAGAGUUGCAUCAGCUCUUCUUCUAACAACACUCUUCAAGGGCUUGGAAACUAUGGCAGACCGGUUGCUGUAUAUUUGAAAGAAACAUAUUUUCAUAUAAGAUAUCAGCAGCUCAACACUUCAAGACACUGCACGGUCUUGCUGAAAAAAAAAGCAAAGGCUUUCCAAAAAAGAAGUUAUCUGAUCCGAUACCUGUACAUCUCAAAUUGUUUAGCAUUAAUGGCGAUUUCACAGAUUUGUGAAAGCAGCAUCAAGAUUUGUGAAGUUAAUCAUAACGUUGUUCACUAAUGUAUGUGCAUAUGAUCAGGAAUGGUGCCAUUUUUCUGAAUUAUAUUUAUGUAUAAUUUGUUUGUUUGUUUUUCACAGUGGUUUUGAGAAGUUUAGUCCACUUCACAGAUUUCCACCACAGAACUGAAAUGGCGCUGAAGAGCACUGCCGUUCAGUGUUGGUUUUCAGCUUUUCCCCCUGAAUACAGAGAUUUCUUAGAAUUCCCUUAAUCUUUUAAACGACACUGAACUGGAGAUUAUAUAACCCAGUGAUAGUGGAAGAUUAUGGAGACUGUGUUUUACUUUGAAAAAAACACUGGUGAAACACUCAACAUAGUUGCAUCUGAAAGACUGUUCUCUUUUUAAACCCAAUUACAACAUUGAUCUAUUGUCAUUUACCCAAUUGGAAUCAAGACUGUUUUUAGAAGAGGUUUUAGGCAUUUUACUAGCUGGGUUUUCCCAUCUUUUUGGCCCCUGUCCUAAAAAGUAUAGCUGGGUUCCAAUUCAAACUGAGUAUAUAUAAAACAAAACAAAAUAAAAAAACAAACAAACAGGAAAGACAAAUAGGAUAGCCAUUUGUUCUCUUCAUGAUGACAAAAUCAAUACUGCUACCUUACCUUGUACCUUAGCAAGAUGCCUUGAACCAAGGCAACCAAGUGGCUUUGUCUUGCAGUAACAAAAUCUACCUUCCAGCACAUCUGUCAGUCAUUCAUUGAUAUGUUUUAACUGAAAAGUGUAAAAGUACUAUCCUAUUAAUAGCAAAACUCACCAACCUAUUAAUUGGUGAGUUUUGCCUUGCUGCCUCCUGGUUCUAACCAUUAACAUCAAUACUCAGCUAUAAGAGCGAUAUAGACUUGACCUCCAGCACAAAGUGAACAAGCAGACACUCCUAAAUGUCUAGCUAUUCCUUUUUUGCAGUCUCCAAAUGGGCAGCACAAAGACAAUACAGAGGUUCAACAAUUAAAUGUUGGCUGCUCAGUCUGUGCAUCUAAACUUGUGUCUCUGCGUUAUGCUGUCAGGUCCUCAGCUGGUGUUUUUCUUUAUUAGCACAACAGACCAUGACACAUUUAUAUUCAUGUUGCCUUUCUAGCUGGUGACAGCAGCAUAACUAAACCCAGUUAGGCUAACGUUGUUUCUCAAGCACAGAUAAUGUGUUAAACUCUGACUAAUGAGCGCAAAUGAAACAAAAGAAGUCACAUUUUUUGUUAGUAAUAACUCAUUUCUCUUUACAUGCUGGCUGUGCACAUCAGCCAACUGUGUAAUGACUUUUCAUUUUUAUCAAAUCUUCAGUUUUUUAGACAUUGCUGUGUUUCUCUUUAAAUGUGGCAUUAGAUGCUUCUUUGAAAAGUUUCCAAGUGGGACGCAUUUCUUACAUUUUAACACUUGACUCAGCUGCGUGAACCUUACAUCUGCGUGCAGUGUCUGAAAAAGGCUAAAGGUGUGUCCGAGGCACAGCCAUAUGUGCUCUGCAGCUGACUUCUAAAUAUCCCAGCAGCUGCACUGCAUGCGUGGCUGCACUGAUACAAAACCACGACAACCCUCCCCUACUCUUUUACAUGACAAAUUGCAAAAGCAAGGUCAGCAAAAAGGUUUUCCAAGCAUGUGCGUGUUAUGCUGGAUUUUUUUUUCUUCACCAAGUGCAGCUGUACAACACAUGCACUGAUUUUGCCUCAUUAAUCCUCACCUUCUGAUGGUGAGUGUGUUAUAAUCGGUGAGUUCAGCAGGUGUGGGGACUGUUUCUGCCUAAUGGGAGACCACUGGACAGGCAGAGGACAGGGGUGUGUUAGAGAGGAGGUGUGAUGUAAAGCUGCAGUGACUUCAGGAGGAGUGGAGGGAGAGAGAAAGAAAGAGUUGAGGUUCCAUGUCAGACUGCUGCAGUCGCAGGUGGGUGGGGCUUAGUGGCUGUCACUCACUGUGGGACACCAUGCUGCAGCCAUGCUGUGGGGGAGGGGGCGCCUGUGCAGCAGCUGAGGGGAGAGGAUAGGUGGAAGUGUGUGUGUGUGUGUGUGUGUGUUUCUGUCUGUGAGUCAAAGACAAAGCCUCAGAUGUAACAGUGGAAACAUCAGGGCUGCUCCUGCUGGCAGCUCUGCAGUACGUCAAAUAUUAAUGCCAGCAGUUCAUGCUGUGAAAAGCUCCCAGAGACAAAUAAUCUGAUAUUUACCGUGAACUUCACACAACAGUCCAGCUUUGCCGGGUCACAGGCUUCAUGCAAAACUGAUGCACAGCCUUUAACCAAUCCAAGCCACCAGUCUGCCAUUUCUGCUCUACUUCCUCAGCCAAAUGCUGUUUUUCACUCUGCCCGUGGCUCUCUGGGUUCACUGGCUUCCCAUGUCCCGAGGCUAUAUCCAACAAAGCAAAGCCAGACAAAUAUGUUGUUUCAGCAACAAAAAACAGAGCAUUUUGGGAAAUGCGCUUGUUUCAUCUGCACAGGACUUUAUCAAAUCAUAACCACCUCCCAGCACAUCUAACUCUCCUUAAUUGAUUUGCUAUGUCUUAAAAAACAGUGAAGUAAAAGCAAUAUUUGAUUUUCUGCCAUUGAGAAAUGUCACACACUUGUUAAAUUUUAAAUUAGAUCUCAACUCAGUGAACCAGCUACUGUUAAUUAAACUUGUCAGCAAAUGUUAAGUAUGUCAUAGACCAUUAACAAAGAGCCAAAUCCACAAUAUUGAUUCAUGUUAUUGUUCGAAAGAUUAUGAGUAAACAGUUUAAAUGGGCAGUUCUUAUUCACGGGACAUGCAAAGACACAAUAUUGACGUAUUUCAGUAUACACUGUGCGCUAUCCAUCCUCCAGACCCCGCUGUCUGCUUUCCUCUCUAGAGGAAAUUUAGAGAAGCUUUAAUUGGAAGUUAAAGGAGUAAUACUUUGCCUCCACCUCAGCUUGCUUCCAGCAUUCAUUUCUGUGAACUCUGAGUAAUUUGUAUUGAUUGUUUUGUGCAAGUGCAACACCAAGGUGACUCAGUGGGACUAGCACACAACCUCCCAUCUUCUCUGCUUAAUAGGAAGGGUGGAGAGAAGACAAAAAUGAAAGCCCAUAAACCUUUCAGACGUUCUUGAUGGCUAUGGAAUCAAGAAAGUCUGACUCUUUUGUUGAGAAAGCCUCAGUUUAAUAUUUUCCUUCAAACAGCAAACACAAUAAUAAUAACAGAGUUUGAAACUAUUGGUUUUGCUGGGAUUCAUUUUGGAAAUACCCUAGACCCCCAGUUAGUGAGGAUGCAUCUUUCCUGUUGGCUGCACAUGGCAAGUGGAGACACAGACCACUGAGUGAAAUCCGUCUGUGGGUUUGGAUGGUGCUCCACAGGGUUCUCCAUGUCUGCGUCGUCCAUCUGCUGUUUUGUCUGUCUUGUCUCUUCCUGUGUCACGUUCCUCUCUGCGUGGUUGGUUUUUAAAUUUGUUUGUGUCUUUUUUACGAGUGUGUGCGAAAUUGCUGUUGGUUCGUCUCCGUGUCGUGUAAGUUUCAGUGAAAGCGAUCACAGGUUUCGCCUGCUCCGUUUUGAUCCCUCGCAUUUAUUCCCAAUAGGAGCGCACUUCACCAGGCAUCAACACAGCCAUGCUACCUCCUGCCGACACUUUCACCUGGGUGCUCCCCAGGCGCCCAUCUCAGCUGAGUUUCCUCUAGGACAUGCCAGCCAGCCCCCGCAGACAGGCCUGGCCACCCACCUGCCCCAGACGCACCAUCCACCCCUCACUGCCCUGCCCGGACCCCCUCAGUUUCAGGAUGUGCCGGGGCCUUCAUUCCUACCUCAGGCCUUACACCAGCAAUACCUCAUCCAGCAGCAGCUCCUCGAAGCGCAGCAUCGCAGGAUCCUCCCACACUCCAGAAGAGCCCAGGAGCGUAUUCCCCUGAACCCUCACAGACUGCGUUCGGGCUACGAGUACUCCCCGCCCCUCCAUGUUCCUCAGCCAAUGACACAACAACCGAGGUACCUGGCUGAAGGCACCGACUGGGAUCUCAGUGUAGAUGCUGGCCUCCCUCACCAUCAGUACCAGCUCCAGCAGCUUCCACAGCACUAUCAGCAUUACCUGGCCUCCCCUCGAAUGCAUCACUUUCCCAGGAACACAUCCUCUGCACAAGUGGUUGUGCAUGAAAUCAGAAACUACCCAUACCCCCAGCUUCACCUGUUGGCGCUGCAAAGUUUAAAUCCUUCGAGGCACGCCACUGCUGUGCGAGAAAGCUAUGAGGAGCUGCUGCAGCUGGAGGAUCGACUGGGGAGCGUUAGCAGAGGAGCUGUUCAGACAACCAUAGAGAGAUUUACUUUUCCACACAAAUACAAGAAGAGAAAGCCCCUGCAGUUGAAGAUUGGGGAGGAGGAGGAAACAGAUGUGGAUGAAAAAUGUACCAUAUGUUUGUCCAUGCUGGAGGACGGAGAAGAUGUCAGGAGGCUGCCCUGCAUGCACCUCUUCCACCAGGGCUGCGUGGACCAAUGGCUGGCCACCAGCAGAAAGUGUCCAAUCUGUCGAGUUGACAUCGAAACACAGCUGAACCCCGACAGCUGAUGAGAUUCGACACUCUCGUGAUUCAGUCGCCCUCGUGGUGCGAUUCCUGCUUUCUUCCACCCCCGGCUCGCCAGCCUCCCCCACCUUACCCCACCCCACCUCCCUCCACCUCCUCCUUCCUGUCGGGUGCUUUGCCAAAUGUCUCCAGACUUCAUGUGACAUCACCACCCUUCUGAGUCACGCUUUACUGAGCCAAGCCAGGAAAACUAACUGCACGGAGAGGCCGCAAAGGACUCUCUUUAUAUAGAAGCACAUCCCUCUGGAAGCAAAAGACACACUAACAAACACAUACUCAUGUACACAGGGUUUACUUGUAGCUUGCUGGUCUUACGUGGGGUUGUUGUUGCUGUUGUGGUGUUGUACUGUAGGUAGCCUGGGGCUGUGUAGCAUGUCCUCAAAGCCAUGACUUAAUGUCCUGAGACUAGAAAACACAUAACCCCACACUUAGCUGGCUACUUUUCUCUCUUCUCUUCAAUCUCUCUCUCUCUUGCUCUCUUUAUAUAUAUAUAUAUAUAUAUAUAUAUAUAGAUAGAUUUCUCUCUUUUUAAACACAAUCAAAAUGAAUAUUCUGCCACGCAAGAAAGCUUAACAGAAUCUAAAUGCUCUGAUGCCAUGUUUACCUAAAGAUCAUUUGUGGUCGUAGUAGAGUAGCAGUAACCAAUUAGUGAGAUCUGGUGUGACCUUCUCGAGGCCAAGCACCAGCUAGCUGGGUGUUUUAAUUCUCUCAUGCAGCUUUUGACAUUUCGCAGUACAGUUGUGCGUUUACCUUGGGUUGGUGUCAUGUGCAGAUGGUGACAUGUGAUUAGGUCUCGUUCACUGUCAGGGAAAACCCAGUGACCGAGAUGUUUUUGUGUUUGAAAUUGAAAAAAAAAGCAGAAAAAUAAUAGUGUUUUCACCAAAAUGCAUUAUGUCACAGUGUAGCUUGAAUCUCCGCACAGGUUUUAUGUCCUCUGCCCAUGCCGUGUGUCACUUCAAGAGACUGCGUCUCACACAAACGUGUUAGGUGAAGAGCACGGCCGCUGGAGUGCUUAUACAACACAAAGCCAAAAGAAACAAAAAGAAAACACACAAAAAAAUCGAAAAGGGAUGAACAACAGAGGCUAUCAUGCACUGCAGAGCGAGGUGGGAGGAUUUAGCUGCCCUUGUACCUGCAUUUCCAUCUGGCACUGGGCCAGUGGCAGAACAGUGCACACUAAAAAACAACAAAAAAAAGAUUGCAUGUUUCAUUUUUUGGGUUUGGGGCUGUUGGCUGUGGUAGCGUUUCUUCACUUUUAAAAGGUUCAGAGACGCCUGUGCAUGACUUAGUUAAUCUGAGCUGUGACUAUCUUCUGAACACUAACAAAUAUUAAUAAUAAUUAUAAUAAUAAUAAUAAUAAUUUUUAAAAAGUCAGUGGUUUGCUCCCCUGACUUGUAGCGCGUGUCAUCCGGUUCCCUUUGGUGGCGACCUUGGGAUCCUGUUUUUUGAUGUUUACCUUAUUGCCUAAAGAACAAGCACAUGUGACGAUAGUUAUAGCAACAAAAGUUUCUCCUCGGCAUCGCGUUUGGUUUAUAUAUAGGUACGGAUUCAUGCAGUGUUUUGAGCUGGGAGAGGAGCUUGCGUAUUGAUCUUGUGUUAUAUUUGUGUGACAGACCUCCCCUCGUGGUUGCUAUGCUGGUUGCUAUGCUGUAUUUGCUAGAACAUGUAGAACGUGGUGCGACGGAGGCAGCCUCCCUCUCACAGUGCACACAGACACGAGACGACAGGACAGCAGGAAAGCAUUCAGGCUGUUAAAACACACACUCUCUCUCUCUAUCACCACUUCUUCUCUCUUUUUUUUUUACCCUUUGUGUCAGCUUGUCACUUCAGUUCCACAGAGCUGCGCGUGUGUGUGUGUGUGUGUGUGUGUGUGCGCGCGUGUGUUACAGGACGCCUUUAGGACCCUCACUGUCCUCUCUGCACUGUGAUAGCAUAUAACAAGGGUAACACUUGGCCCAGAGACCCAAUUAACAAGGCUUACUUCUUCCUGUCUUGUGCACUGCCAGUGUUGACACUGCCUCCUCCUGUAGUGGAGUCAUCCGUGAUGAAAGUUGUCAUAGUUUACACAGGGUGUUGUCAGUUGAGAUGCCUUAAGUAUUUAACAAUCAUAAUUUAUUACUAACUGUAGAUACUGUGGGUAUGUAUUUAAUUUUAUAUAGUUUCUUUUCUUUUUCUGGAGUUGGGUUGACUGAAUCAUAAUUUAUUUAUUUACAAAUAUAACACGAAAAGGCUAUUAAAAAAAUGGAUACCUCAUGUUUUUUAUUUGGUUGCAUUGUUUUAAAUGGGAAUGCUUUGCAUGCAGUUGUACUUUUUCGGAACACUAAAAGUUAAAAAAAAAGGAAAAAAAGUUCUGCUGUUUGAUCUCCACAAGCUGGCUGUGCGAUGUUUACUGACCAAGGCUGAGCUACUGAGCCCGUUCUCUCUCUUUCUCUCUCUCUCUCCCUGUCUCUCUCUAUGUCUCUUUUUCUCUUUCAUGUGGUGCUGUGGAUCUUGGUUACAUUCCAUUCAAUGCAAUCUCUCCAAUCCCCCAUGCUGUGAUGUAGUGAACAAACUGCAAGUGAAUUGGUUUUGGUUUGUGACAAUUUUUUUCUUUUUUUUUCUUUUGCACUAACUUGUUUAAAAUGGGAACCCUCUCACUGGCAAAAAAAAAAUAUUUUAGAUUAUUUAAAUGAACUGGCUUUUAUUUUUUUAUGCUCUGCUUCUCACACAAUGCACUAAGGGUCUUAAUGAAACAUGUUCCUUUGCUUUAACUCUUUGUGUUAUCUCUUCAGUUGUCAUCUCUCUAGUGUUUCUCUGUUCGUUGGUUUUUUAUGUUGUUGUUUUUUCCAAAAUGCUUUGUAGACUUAAGCAUAACAAGUGCCUCGCUUUAAGUGUUAGGGGAUAUUUCCAUAUAACGGAAACCAUGAACAACAAUCAGUCCAUCCACCAUGCCUUACUGGUUGCUUAGUUAAUUAAGUGAAUGGAAAACGAAGGAGCUGAGACAACAUUUGACUAAAGCCAUUAUAAUCAAUCAAUCCAAGUCAAGCUGUCCAAAAACUAGCUGCCGGUUUGUAGUACCGAAGCACUGCAUUGCUGUGGAAAUAGCUCUGACUAUAAAGAGGCAUGUUUCACCGUGGGCUUUACAGCGGUCCUUUCUCCAUUCUGUUUUCUCCUCUUCUUUCCGUCUCCGUUUGAUUUUACCGUCCGUCCCUCCUCUCCGACUCUCUCCUCUGUUUGCUUUCACAGUCUAAAAAAGGAAGGCAAGGAUUCAAAGCACAACCUUUUCUAAAGAACAAAAAAACAAAUGCAUGUUUUCUCAGGUUUCAGUGUAGUCGCAAUGGUUUCAUAGUAUAUGGUGAAAAUAUAUACAAAGAAUAUAACAGAAAAAAAAUUAUAAAUUUUGUUGCUGCUUGAAUCUGACAAAAACCAACAAGUGAAGAGAAACUAUCCCAAAAAGUGCCAGUGAAAGGGCUGCCGCCAUCCUUGUAUGAAAACCUGCUGUUUAGCUGUGACUGCGCAAUGUUUUUCAAAAUAGGAUAUUUUAUCUGAAAAUAGAACUAUUUAUCAUUAAUAUUAAAGCAAUAGUGCAUUAAAAUGGUUUUGAGCGUGUUGAUGAUGAAGUGGAUGAGCCUGUUAUGGGUAAAUGUUAGAUUUACAUUUGGUGGAAUUUUGUACUUUAUUUAUUAUUACUACUACUAAUAAUGAUGAUAAUGAUCUCAAAGGUUGCAUUGCUAAAUCCAAACUUUUCUGUUUUUAAUUUUUAUUUUAUUUCAUGGCUUGUAUAUUAUCCUUUUAUAUGUGCUCUUUUUGUAAUAAACUUGAUAAAAUGGAAGUGAA